AGUCUAAUGCUAGUCGGGGGUAAAGGGAUGCAGACAAUAAAAACAACAAAAAUCGUAAUUAAGCCCAACCACCAGAAAUGUUCCAUACCCCUCACACGCAAGGUUCUACCCCGCAAUGCCAAUCCAAAUGAUACAACAGAACCAAAAUACCCCUUCGCUCUAUGAAUGAUCGCAUACAUAUGUACGAGUAAGUUUCAAAAUCACCACAAGAUAAGAUAGACACGUCAAUACGCUCGGCGGCGCAGUUCUAUUUCAACAACGACAGAUAUCGAUUAUCAAGGAAAGCAAUCGCCUGUGGUUUGGCUCUUCCAUGAGUUAGUUAGCUCGCAUAUUCGAAACGCUGAAGAUACCCAGAGAGUGAACAAAAGCGAAAUGAAGUUCCUACAUCUUAUCUUAGCUUUGGUCUUGGCGAUCUGCGCCUUCAACACACAACCUGCCAGUGCGGAAUUGUGCCCAUGUCCACGCAACUAUGACCCUGUCUGUGGCUCCAAUUUGGUGACCUAUUCGAACCGCUGCGAAUUCGAGUGUUCGAAACGUGAAGUGGAACGCAGUGGACGCAGUUUGGGUUUGGCACGUUCAGGCCCAUGCUAAGGAGAUACCGACCAGUGGAUAAAGAAAGUGUAUUUUUUCCAAAUUAAAAACAUUAUUGGCAAUAAAAAAAUUAAUAUUAAUUGUGAUUUUUACGUAAACAAAUAAAUCAAAUGUAAUCAAA